CGAUAGUUGGCUAUUUUGUUGCGGAUUUAUGGUUGGCGGUGCGGUGCAGUAAAAUCGGCAUUUAAUUAUAAAAAUAUUGUGUUCUUUGAAAUGUUUAACUAUUGAACAACGGCUACUUGCAUAAUUGUGUAAAUGUGUUAAAUUAGAGCGGAUCUCUAAUCACUGUGCAAUCUGUAUUUUGGAUAGAACUGAAACGAAUUUUUUACCGCUGCCGCUGCUGCUGCUACUGCCGCCGCCGCCGCCGUUCAAUUGAAUCGACAUUUCUGUUAUCUUUGUGAAUUAAUGCAAUACCUACAUUGUCCUCGCUCUCCUCCCACCAGGCAAUCAUUUAAAGUUGAAUCGUAAAUAAAAACAUCGGUAGCACAUUAUUCUAUCAACAACUAAGAUUAAGAUUUUGCGCUGAGCGCAAUCCCAACACAAACACACACACACACACUAACACAUAUAUUUGGAAUUGAUAUACAAAGGCAAAGGGACUGAGAAGUUUGAAAUAUUCCAAUUAAGAUCGUGAAUUGACAUAUAUACACACAUAUAUAUCUACACACAUACAUAUAUAUAUUUGUAUUGAUAUAUAUAUAAUGAUCAAGGUAGAUUACAUUAUUCUGUGAAAACGUAAUCGUAACCUGGAUACGGAUACCAAUUAUUUUAGUUCUAAGUGAAACAAAGUGACCGGCAGAAAGAGAGGAAAAAAAGGAGUUAGAGAGAGAAAGAGUGAGAGUGAGAGCGAGAAAUGGCGCGUCACAUAGUGGCUGUUUGUGUGGUUUGCCUAUUGUGCGCCCAUCGGCUACAUUGCCAGGAUCAUUUCGAGGAUCUCUUUAAUAAUGGCAUGAUCGUACAUACAAGCGAAUCGCUUAAAGAUCGCAUCCCAAGCAUCAGGAGCAGCCGCAGCAGCAGCAGUUCAAGUCCCUCCAGUGAAACCACCGACGAAAGAAGGCAGCAAUUAGCUGGCGAAGAUACCCAAAACUACAGCACAAGCCCGCCAUCCAAAAGAAGCAAACGACAUGCUGGCGGUCACGGCGAUAAUGCUGAUCAUAAUUUGCCAGAGAUAACGAAACACUUCCUGCAUCAAUUAAUGUCGGAGAAUGUCAUGAAUGCCAGCAGCUUCCACAAUCUCUUGCAGCAGCUCAAUCUUCAGUCAUUGGCCAGUGGGAGUAGUAGCAAUAAUGGCACCUGCGUGGCCGUCAGUCGGCUGGUCCAUCAUGUUCAGCCACAUGAUCUCACACAUCACCACGAUCAUGAUAAUGAUGAUGAUGAUGGUUAUGAUAAUGAUGCAAUGAUGAUGAUAGGGGAACACAAGGUGUCCAGCAAUUGUACCUUAGCGGAUAAUGCCACCAAUCCAUCCACCAAUCUGCCCUGCAUUCACAGCUCUUCAGCUUCAAGCAUGGAGGAGCAUAAUCCAAACUUUACGCUCAGUCGGAUAGAUAUGCUUAAUUUAUGCCCAAUCCUGCUCUAUGAAAUGACAACACCCGAUGGCGGUUGCAUCGAUACGAGUGUUCUGGAUCAGAUAAAUGCCAACGAGAUUGCCCGUGAGAAGGGUGAAAUGUUUUAUGUUUGGAUCUACUCCUUCAUUUCGGUAUUCGCCUGUGGCUUUCUUGGUCUUGUGGGCGUUGCAAUUAUUCCAUUUAUGGGUUCUCGCUAUUACAAGCACAUUAUCCAAUAUCUUGUCUCUUUGGCUGUGGGCACAAUGACAGGAGAUGCUCUACUUCAUUUGUUGCCGCAUUCGCUGGCCAAUCAGGAUGAGCGCGGCAUGAUCAUGAAGGGUUUGGGCUGUUUGAGUGGCAUUAUCUUCUUUUAUGUCACCGAACAUGCCCUGACCAUGAUUUCGGAGUGGCGCAAAAGCGUGGAAAAGAAGGAGACAAAGAAACCAUCGCGAGCCAAGGUGAUGCGUGAUCCCGAUUCCUCGGUGAACAACUCAGUGGCUGGGGAUAAGAUGUGCAAACAGAAAUACAGUUCAUAUCCUUAUUGUUAUGACGAGAUCACCAUGAACAACAAGCAGAACGAAUGGAUGCAUUUGCCUGGUGAUCUGCCUGUGUCUCCGGCAGCUGGCGCUGGUGGAGAUGCUAGCUCAGCUGAGGCCCGCAAUGGAGGAGUCGGUGAUCAUGAUGGCUCCAAUGAGAUGGCUGCUGCAGCCGAAUCCCUGCUCUCCACCUUGCACACCAAUUAUGCGGAUAUCAAUCAUCAUAAUCACAAUCACAACAAUCAUCAGCAGCAUCAGUCAGAUGGUCAGCCUGGAGCCAUAAUGGAUAGUAAUACCAUAGUCACCGAUCUCGAUGGGAAUGCCGUUUAUGCGGCCAGUAGUGGGAAGGAUAAGGAUAGUAAGACCGAUCAUGUCACGGUUAUUUUGCGCGAGCACGAAUCCUCGCAUCAUGGCCAUAGCCAUCGACAUGGGCAUGUCCACUCGCCGCCGGAAACGCUAAGCGCCGUGGCCUGGAUGAUCAUCAUGGGCGAUGGACUGCACAAUUUCACCGAUGGCAUGGCUAUUGGAGCCGCCUUUGCCGAGAAUAUUGCUGGUGGCUUCUCCACCUCUCUGGCUGUCUUCUGUCACGAGUUGCCCCACGAGCUGGGUGACUUUGCCAUCCUAAUAAAGGCUGGCAUGUCCGUGAGAUCGGCUGUCUACUACAAUCUGUUAACUAGCGUUCUAAGUUUCAUUGGCAUGGUUUUUGGCAUUGUAUUUGGCCAGUCGGAGGAGGUGGCCAAAUGGAUGUUUGCCGUGGCAGCGGGCCUCUUUAUUUAUAUUGCACUGGUCGAUAUGAUGCCGGAAAUAUCUGCUGCACACAAAUCGCUAGCCCAAUUCCUGCUGCAAAUACUCGGUAUGCUGAGCGGUGUGGGAAUUAUGCUUCUGAUAGCCAUCUAUGAAGGUGAUCUGAUGACCGCAUUCGCAACAGGGCCAUCCAGUGCAUCAGUGCAUCAUCAGCAUGUUCAUCAAAAAGCCUUUGGAUAAAAGAAAACAAAAAACAAAAACUAAAGAAAGUUUAAUAAACAAAGAAAGUAAUUUUAAGUAACUGCAGCGAAUCUUUUAGCGUAUUAUGUGCAUUGCAUUUUGUUUCGCCAAAGCUAUGGUUCGAUCUUUCUUUUUAAUAUUAUUAUUAUUACAUUUUUCUAAGCAUGUAAUAGUUUGUUACCUCAUCCACGGACAAGGACAUCAAUACGGAAACAGACACACACUGACACAGACAUAGACAGCAGGUGGUUGGCAAUUACAAAAACGCAUUUGUUAAAUGUUUUUGAAACACACCUAGAGAAAAUAUUCCGCAAAACAAUUUCAAAAUAGUAUAAUCUUCUGCCCAAAGGACAAAGAGGAUAUACACAUUAAGAUUGCCCGAUAAGAUAUAAACAGCAAAACCAACAACUGAUACAAGUCCGUCCGUAUUUACAGCAUAAACUUACUAGAUAGAGAGAGAGAGGGAGCAGUUUAAAUAUAAACUGCUUAUUAAAAACUCUAUAAAAGAUUUGUGUUUGAUUCACAUUUUUUCUUCUCUCGGUCGGUAAUCCGACUUAUCGUACGAAAUAUUUUCUUUGCUUUUGUUCCUAAACUCAACGAUAAUUUGCGAUCGAAUUGAUUUACACACACACACACCCACACCCACACAUAAUAAGUGUAAGAAACCUUAAAUGUUUAUAAAUUAGAAAGUGAUUUUGAAGUUUAAAGUGAAGAAGAAGAAAGAAAAACAAUAAUGGAAACAUGAUCAUGCUCGAUAUUGAUAGCAUGAGAAACACUAUAUCUUAAGUCUUGUCUUAUACACUGAAAAAAAAAAACACA